AUGGAGUCCUUCUUGGGUGCCUCGUCCUCUGUUUCUGACCUAAGCUCUCCACAAUCGGUUAUGGUAGGCACUGCUGGUGCCUUCAUCGGGAAACAUGUAAACAUCCCAACUUUUUGCAAAAUUAAGGUUGUCGUUGUCGAGUACCAUAACGAGGCUCUUAGGUAUAUUUAUCGCUCUAUUGGGGCCAAAAAAAUUCCGUUUGAUGGUCUUAAGCUACUUCAUAUCGACUCUCACCCAGAUUUGUGUAUUCCUAAUAUACACCCGUCCAAAAUCUUAUCUAAACCAUAUGAAAUGCUGAAGUUUGUGGUGAAUGGUUCUGGCAGCUUUAGUGUAAAUGUUCCAGAAGCCUACUUUUACAAUGAAGGCAUCUACGCUCAUCGUAAAGACAUGGAGUCGUCGGUCCCUUUUACUCUCACCGUCGGCACUAUACACGAGUCAAAUACAAUGUGCAGUGCCUGCACGGACAUUACCAGUGCAUUGAUCAAUGAGGCUUUUAUUCUAGACGUCGAUCUGGAUGCAUUUUCUACUAGAGAUCCAUUUCGAGAUUCAUACAGUGCUGAACAGUUCGCACUGAUUGACAAGCUCUUCACAGCCCCUCGUCCACCGCCACUGGGACUGCUGCCAGAAACCUCUGAGGUAGACGCUUCUACUGUGACGUCGGCAGAGGCGGAGGUCGUGUUUGAAAGUGCUAGUCUCGCUGCGAAGGUGGUUUGUGAGGAACACAAGGCUCAUCUCUCCACCUUAUGGCGCUGCAUGCGCACUCUGGCCACUGGUGUGCCGAUUGUGAAUGAAGAAGGGGUGUCAUCGAUUUGUGAUUCUCACGAAAUGCUUGCUCUCGCUACUCUUCUCCUCUCUCUCCCACAGGGCACAUUCUCAACCUGUGUUCAUGCUGCCAUCCAAGCCACCCAUUCCGCUGCCCUUUUUUCGAUUCAGCAGUAUUCCGGUACCGACUCAUCGCCUCGUAUCGCGCCUAAUGACGCAAGGCGUCGUGCUGCUAGCGUAGAUGCUGAUAUGGAGGUGACUGAGAAUAUCUACAUAGAUUUGUCGGAGUUGGAUGAGAUCGGUCAACUGCGACUGUCUCACUGCGGUCUAUCUCCAAAGAGCUGUAGUCCUGAACCACCGAAAGAGAAACAGCAGCGGGUGGAUUCCGAUGAUCCUGGAGAUUGCGAAAAGACAGAUCUAGCAAUGAUGGCUUGUCUUCAUGACUUAUGGAAGAGCCUAGCGGAUAGGGAGAACUACCCUUUACCACACUACGUUUCUUCGACUCAGGAGCAGGAGGAGCUAGUGGCAGGUCUAGAGAGUCUCCUGAAUCGUCUGCACAAUCCCUGCCUCAUCACGGUAGCUCGAUCCGUGGAGGACGGUUACACGCCGGCGGAACAAAUUGCUGACUUGCAGUUGCGGUUCUUCAAAGCAUUGCAGCGUAUCUAUGGCACAGCGAUGCUUUCUGUGGUGCUCGAUUACGAUGGAGCCACUGUUGAUGCGUCAGCUCUGCGGUCAAUGGGAUUAGAGGUGAUAGAGGCUCGAGGUGAGGCACAUCCACCGUGA